AUGGAGGUCCCGACCAUCGACUGUGCGUCUCUCCGCGGCAUUCUGGAGGACGAGGUCCCGUACUGUCUGCUGCUCGACUGCCGCUCUUUCCUCUCCUUCAACUCGUCCCACAUCGCGGGCUCCUGUAAUGUGCGCUUCAGCACCAUCGUGCGGAGGAGGGCGAGAGGAGGCCUGGGGCUGGAGCACAUCGUCCCCAACGAGGAGACGAGAGGCCGCCUGCAGUCCGGAGACUACCAGUGUGUGGUCCUGCUGGACGAUAGGAGUGUGGACCUAAGCCAGGCCAAGAAAGACGGCACUCUGAUGGUGGCUGUCACCGCGCUGUGCAGAGACCCAUGUGGAGCACCUGUGUUCAUUCUGAAAGGUGGAUUCGAAACCUUUUCCACUGAAUUUCCAGAGAUGUGCACCAAACCCAGUCCCCCACAAGGGCUCAGUCUCCCCCUCAGCUCCAGCCACAGUGCAGGACCUGGCUGUAGUCCCUGCAAUACCCCACUAUAUGAUCAGGGUGGUCCAGUGGAGAUACUGCCUUUUCUGUACCUGGGCAGUGCCUACCAUGCGUCUAGAAAGGACAUGCUGGAUAUGCUGGGCAUCACUGCUCUCAUCAAUGUAUCGGCCAACUGCCCAAACCACUUUGAAGACUCGUUUCAGUACAAAAGCAUCCCAGUGGAGGAUAAUCACAAAGCUGAUAUCAGCUCCUGGUUCAACGAGGCUAUUGAGUUUAUCGACUCUGUCAGGAAUAAAGGAGGACGUGUGUUUGUGCACUGUCAGGCGGGCAUCUCGCGCUCUGCCACCAUCUGCCUGGCUUACUUGAUGCGCACCAACCGUGUGAAGCUGGACGAAGCCUUUGAGUUCGUCAAACAGCGACGCAGUAUCAUCUCUCCAAACUUCAGCUUCAUGGGUCAGCUGCUUCAGUUUGAGUCCCAGGUCCUGGCUUCAUCCAGCUGCUCCUCAGAGGCGGGCAGCCCGGCCCUCGGCAACACGGGCACAGUCUUCAACUUCCCUGUGUCCAUCCCUGUGCACUCGUCAGCGGCACAGCGCUCCUUCCUCCACAGCCCCAUCACCACCUCCCCCAGCUGCUGA